AUGACGACGGAGACCGCGACGCCGAAUCAGGCGGACGCCAGUACCGCGUUCCUGCGUGCGGCGCGCGCGGGGCAAAUUGAGAAGAUCAUCAGUUUGUUGGAGCAAGGCGUCGACAUCAAUGUUAGCAAUGCUAACGGCCUCAACGCUAUCCACCUGGCCUCCAAAGAUGGCCAUGUAGAAGUGGUACGUGAGCUGUUAGAACGGGGUGCAGCAAUCGAUGCUGCUACCAAGAAAGGCAAUACUGCUCUGCACAUUGCAUCUCUGGCUGGACAAGAACAUGUUGUCAAGCUACUAGUGCAAAAUGGAGCCCAAGUCAACAUUCAAUCCCAGAAUGGAUUUACACCCUUAUACAUGGCGGCCCAAGAGAACCAUGACGGGGUCGUCAAGUUCUUGCUGGCUAAUGGUGCGAACCAAAGCUUGGCAACCGAGGAUGGAUUUACGCCUUUAGCUGUAGCAAUGCAACAAGGGCAUGAGAAAGUAGUCGCAGUGCUAUUAGAAGCCGACACUCGCGGCAGAGUGCGCUUGCCCGCUUUGCACAUUGCCGCCAAGAAAGACGAUGUCAAGGCUGCUAAUCUGCUACUUGAGAACGAACACAACCCCGAUGUCACAUCGAAGUCUGGCUUCACGCCGCUGCACAUCGCGGCUCACUACGGCAACGAGGCCGUCGCGCGCUUGCUGCUCGCUAAGGGCGCGGAUGUUAAUUGCGCUGCGAAGCAUAACAUUUGUCCCUUGCAUGUUGCUGCUAAAUGGGGAAAAGACAACAUGGUAGCCCUACUUUGCGACCAUGGUGCUAACGUAGAAUCCCGUACGCGCGACGGCCUCACCCCCUUGCACUGUGCCGCGCGCUCCGGGCACGAACGCGUGGUCGAGGCCUUACUGGACCGGGGCGCACCUAUUACUAGUAAGAGUAAGAACGGCCUCGCCCCCCUGCAUAUGGCGGCGCAAGGCGACCACUCAGAGGCGGCGCGCGUGCUGCUCUCGCGCAGAGCGCCCGUCGAUGACGUCACCGUGGACUACCUCACAGCGUUACACGUCGCUGCCCACUGUGGACACGCUAAAGUCGCCAAGUUGUUACUGGAUAGAAACGCUGACGCUAAUGCUCGAGCUCUAAAUGGAUUCACCCCACUACACAUUGCCUGUAAGAAGAACAGGAUCAAAGUUGUGGAAUUGUUACUUAAAUAUGGAGCAAGUAUCCAAGCAACGACGGAGUCUGGACUAACGCCACUACACGUGGCCUCCUUCAUGGGCUGCAUGAACAUCGUCAUCUACCUGCUGCAGCACGAGGCAAACCCCGACGUGCCCACGGUGCGCGGAGAGACGCCACUGCAUCUCGCAGCAAGGGCUAAUCAGACAGACAUAAUCCGCAUACUCCUCCGCAACGGCGCGGCGGUAGAGGCGAAGGCGCGCGAGCGACAAACGCCGCUGCAUAUUGCGUCGCGUCUCGGCAAUGUGGACAUCGCGGUACUGCUGCUGCAGCACGGUGCCGACGUACGCGCACACACUGCUGACCAUUAUAACGCGCUGCAUAUUGCUGCUAAGCAACAUAAUCAUGAUGUCGCAGCAGCACUGAUAGAACAUAAUGCUCCUUUGACUGCUACAACUAAGAAAGGAUUUACUGCAUUACAUUUAGCUGCCAAAUACGGAAAUCUUAAGGUGGCCAACCUGCUGCUGGCACAUGGCGCAUCGCCGGAUCAGGCGGGCAAGAACGGUAUGACGGCGUUACACGUGGCGGCGCAGUACGACCAGCACGCUGUCGCCAACACGCUGCUGGAGAAAGGCGCGGAUGCUAAGGCAAUAGCAAAGAACGGGCACACCCCACUGCACAUCGCGGCGCGCAAGAACCAGAUGGAGACGGCGGCGACGUUGCUGGAGUACGGCGCGCUCACCAACGCGGAGUCCAAGGCCGGCUUCACCCCGUUGCAUCUCGCCGCUCAACAGGGCCAUACGGAAAUGUGCUCUCUGCUCCUCGAGCAUGACGCAGAGGUGGACCAGCAAGCCAAGAACGGCCUCGCCGCUCUGCACCUGGCCGCGCAGGAGGAUCGCGUGUCGGUCGCUCAGCUCCUGGUGAAGAAUGGUGCUGAGGUUGACAUCUGCACUAAGGGGGGCUACACACCGCUACACAUCGCCAGCCACUACGGACAGGCUAACAUGGUGCGCUACUUGCUGGAGAAUGGUGCCUCAGUCAAGGCUCAAACUUCCCAUGGCUACACCGCGCUUCACCACGCCGCGCAACAAGGACACAUCAAUAUCGUCAACAUUCUCCUCGAGCAUAAAGCAGAUGCUAACGCGACUACAGUUAACGGCCAAACGCCUCUUGACAUAGCGUCCAAACUCGGUUACGUGACAGUGAUGGAGACGUUGAAGGAAGUGUCCGAGCCGUCACUGGCGGUCGCCGCCGCCGACAAGUACAAGGUUGUGGCGCCCGAGACCAUGCUCGAGACCUUCAUGUCGGACUCUGAAGAGGAAGGAGGUGAAGACACGAUCCUCAACGACCAGCCGUACCGCUACCUGACGGCGGACGAUAUGAAGUCGCUCGGCGACGACUCGCUGCCCAUAGACGUGACGAAGGACGAGCGCACCGAGUCUGCCAUGAGCCAUAAGAAUGUUAUGGAGAUAUCUCAAGGCUCAGUAAACGGCAUGCCGUACCAGCCACAGCAGGAGGUGGUGGUAAAGAGCAUCAGCCGCUACAGCGCGGCGGCGCCCGAGGGAUACUGCUACAACGUAGACCCCACACAGCCCAAGAAAAAACUACAGUGGAAAAAUUUCCUAGUAUCGUUCCUGGUGGACGCGCGCGGCGGCGCUCUGCGCGGCAGUCGCGGCGGCGGUGUGCGCGUCAUCGUGCCGCCGCUCUCCGCACAACAGCCGACGCGCAUCACUUGCAGAUAUUUGAAACCAUCACGCAUCAAUCACAUGCCACCCCUGAUGGAGGGAGAGGCGCUAGCAGCUCGCGUUCUAGAAAUGGGACCAGUGUCUGCAAAAUUUUUAGGGCCAGUAAUACUGGAAGUACCGCACUACGCGUCGCUACGCGGCAAGGAGCGUGAGAUCGUCAUCCUUCGCUCUGACAACGGCACGUCGUGGCGCGAGCACAGCGCCGACGCGACCGAUGACGUCGUGCAGGACAUACUGCAUGAGACCCUGGAGAUAGAAGAAACAAACGAAGAAGACAAGGGUUGGGACGCGCCGCGCGUGACUCGCAUCCUCACGCACGACUUCCCGCAGUACUUCGCGGUGAUCUCGCGUAUCCGCCAGGAGGUGCACGCCAUUGGACCUGAAGGUGGCAUGGUGUCGAGCUCGGUGGUACCGCAAGUGCAAGCCGUGUUCCCUCACGGAGCCCUCACCAAGAAGAUCAAAGUGGGCCUUCAGGCGCAAAUAAUAGAUUCGGAGCUAACAGCUAAGUUGCUCGGUCGAGGGGUGGCGGUAUCGCCGGUGGUGACGGUAGAGCCGCGGCGGAGGAAGUUCCAUAAAGCCAUAACCCUGAGCAUGCCGGCGCCGCGUCCGCAUACGCAGGGCAUGACCAACCAAUACAGUACAUCAUCAGCCCCAACUCUUAGACUACUCUGUUCUAUCUCAGGAGGAACUAAUCGGGCUCAUUGGGAGGAUGUGACAGAAAAUACACCAUUAACGUUUGUAAACGAUUGCGUUUCGUUCACUACUACUGUGUCUGCUCGAUACUGGCUCAUCGAUUGUAGACACGUGGAAGAUGCUACUAAAAUGGCAACUGAAUUAUACAGGGAGGCAAUCCACGUACCGUUUAUGGCUCGUUUCGUCGUUUACGCAAAAAGAACAGAUGAGUGCCAAGCUCAACUACGAAUGUUCUGUGUCACUGAUGAUAAGGAAGAUAAGGCUCUAGAGAGAAUUGAAAGAUUCAUACAGGUGGCGAAAAGUCGCGAUGUUGAGGUACACGAAGGCAAACCCGUUUAUCUUGAAUUCGGUGGGAAUCUCGUGCCAGUUGCAAAAUCUGGUGAACAGCUAUCAAUACCUUUCCGAGCAUUUAGAGAGAACCGAGUUGCGUUCCCGGUAAUGAUAAAGACCCAAGACUUGGAACCGAUGUGUCGAUGCCAAUUUAUGAGAGAUCCAAAAGUUCCGAAAGGCGAACCUUCGCCUACACCUAUUGCGGUACUGAAUAUAAUGGUACCAGAAGACUUACCAGUAGAAAGAACUUCACCGUUACCAGCGGACAUGGUGCCGAGACGUACUGAGGAGCAAGAGUUGAUUUGGCGUCAACGACUUAGUGACCCCAGGUUGGAAGAUAUUUGUAAUUUGUUAGGUAAGGAUUGGGUUGCGCUCGCUUACGAGCUGGGCGUAAGUGUCGCGACCGUCAACCAGAUACAGGCAAAGAGGAUCUCUGCGGCGGAACAAGCUCAGUUGAUGCUAAAGUUAUGGAAGACUCAGUCGGGGACUAAGGCUCAAGACAAUUCAUUGGAGUUAGCACUAUGUCGCAUUGGAAGAGACGAUAUUAUCGCACCGCAAUCGGAACUAACAAAUGAACGAAGAAUUCAAAGAAAUAUAUACCAAGAGAGACAAGCUUCGGAAGAAAUUGAAGCGUAUAAAGCUGAAGAAGACAAUAAGCUAAAAGAAAGUAUUUAUGAUGAUAGUGAAAUCGAAGAAACAACAAGAACAGAGGACUUAGACCAAGACGAAGCUAAAUAUUCACCCGAAGAAAAAUCUGUAGAAAAAAGCGAAAUGGAUAGGACACCUACACCGAGUGAAGAAAGUGAAGAAGAUGAGGAUGUAAAACGUAGUGUGGCAGAGAGGAAAGAACAAAUAACAAAAAAGUUAAGUUGUAGCAAAAUACCAUCAUCGAAACAGAAAAAAGAAUUACGCGAAGAAAUUAUAGAAAUAAAAACGCAAAUUAAGCCAGACAUUAAAAAAUUCCAGGACAUCGAGCAACAGGCAAGAGCUGAAUCAAAAUUGGAACUUGUUCGCCCUAAAAGCUCACCAUCAUCAGAAAGAGUUGAUGUAGAUGGCGAAAAAGAAACUGAAGUACGUAAAGAAAUCGUUAAAGAAAAGAAGGAGGAAUUAAAACAAGAAAGGGCAGUAGAACAAUUUAGAAAAUAUGACCCGUCAUCGCCAGGCAAACCUACACCCAAGCAUUUGCAAAGACAUAUGCGUAAUGAAUCCAUGAGGUUCCCCUCCGGUGAUUUCUCUAACGUAACCAUUACCCCAAGAAAAUCUAUCACAGUUGAAACAUCAGAAACAAAGCACACAACAUUUGAAACUAAAACUGACACCUUUACAAAAGAAAUGAUUUCGCAAAAAGAAAUAGACAGCGCACGGUUAGAAGAAAAAUUAGACGAUGGUGAUAGAUCUCCUGAAUUAGUAACAGAAGAUUCAAAGGAUAUGGCGGAAGCACCAUUAAAAGAUAAAAUAAAUGCUUUUGAAAUAAAAAUAUCAAAAGAACCAACAAUCGAACCGUCUAAAACUAUAAAGCUUACCAAGGAAGCACUAAAACGACAUACACAAGAACAAGAUCAAGCGUUGGAAUAUACACAAGCGUUUGUUAGAGACCAAUCAAAGCAAAUAUCAAGUACAGAAACCCAAAUAAUUGUUAUUGAAACAAACAAGCAAAUCGGCAGUGUAAAAUCUGUCAAGGAGACGAUACAACAUUUUGAUUCCAAGAUUAAACUCGAUGAUAAACCAAAACAAUUCCCUAAAGCUAUGAGAACUGACUCCACAUUAGUACAGGUAUCAUCAGAAGAAGACAGUGAAUUUUUAAAGAAAUCCACAGACUCAGAAACGGAAACAGAGUCCCAAACAACUGUUAAAGUUGAAAAAGAUAAAAAAUCAAAGUUCGAAAUUACUAAACAUUCAUUUGAAACUCGUACUGAUCUUAAAGAUUCAUUUGACUUAAAACCAAAAGACAGUGUAAAGGAUACAAAGAAAGACGAUGAUGACAAAAAAGAUGAUCAAGCUGUGAUUAUAAAAGAGCAAAAACUUGAAAAGCAAUUGACCGAUGAACUUCGGUUACAAGUUAGUGAAGAAGAAAUAUCAGAAGCGUUAGAAGAAAAAGAUGUCUCAGUUGAUGACAAAUUAAAGGAAAAGAUUGAAACUCAACACUCAAUAGCAAGCACAAAAUCUGAUAUUAGCAAACACACUAAAACUGACUCUGUUGGAUCAGACUUACAAGAUGUUCCAGGCCGAAAGAUCUCCCAGGAGUCACCUUUACCGUCUGGAAUUGAUAAAACCGAUUCCUAUGCGGAUUUACAACAGAGUACAGAGAAGGAUGUAAGCUUUGUAUCGCAGACUGAGUCUAAGAUAUAUUCAAAGGAAUCUAAACAUAGAAGCGAUUCAUUAGAUGAAGCUUCGCAGUUUUCAGAUUUAGAUGACCAGAUGGGAUUAAGUCCUGCACACAGACCGACAGAUAAACAAAUUAAUGAAGAAAAAAUAGUAGAAACUGAAGAAAAAUUAACUCGUAUAACAGAAGAAGCCAGACAUGAGACUCUUGAAUUUUUGAAAUUUGAAAGUGAACAUAGUGCACAAGUCCAUGUAUCUUCACUAACAGCUAAAGAACCCGAAAAGGUCGUUACCAAAGAAUCACCUGUCAUCAGUGCUAAAGCACGCCAGUUUAUCGAAACAGUUCCUGAAGAUGAUUCUGUACAAGAAUGUUUCUUUUCUAAACGUAUUUACUCAGAUUCAUUGGAAGACUCAGAUCAUACAGAUUCCAGACGUCAUUCUGAAGCAGAUUCUUUAAAAUCAGAUCAGUCUGAUAUCAAAGCCAAAAUAUCGUCAUCUGAUUUCGAUGAACGUGCAGAAUAUGAAGGUACAGCUGAUUCUGGAAGUGGUUUUGGUGACGAAAAGUUCGAGGAAAGUAUUGGUUUUACAGCUAUUAAAAUUGACACUCAAGUUUUAGAAUCACAAAAGCAAGACUCAGAUUCGACAUCAACACAAAUAGAUGAAGCAGAAAUAAUAUUUAAGAAAAUGCCACCCAAACGCCACUCACGUACUGAAUCUGUAUCGAUCACAAAGCUUAGUGAUUUAGCGGAUAUAAAAGCAUCUGCCAAACAAGAAUUCCAAAUGUUUGUUACAGAAGCUGAAGACAUAGAUCGAUCAUUUGAUAAAGAUGAACCAUCGGAUAAGAUCUCCUCUGAGAGUAGUAGAGAAAUUGAAAUUUCCGAUCGCAAAUCAUCUGAAGGCAUUUCUGAUAGGAUUAGUUCAGAAGAUGCUGUGACAGAUAAAAAGACUUCUUCCGAGGAGGAACCACUAAAAGAAGAUCAAGUGUUAGACAAAGAAAAGGAAAGAGAACCAACCAAAACAGUAAAAGAAAUAUGUAAAGAAGUCGAAGUAAUCGAUACAAUGUCUAAAGGAGAUACUUUGGAUAAAGUUGAACCAGAUAAACGUCAAUCUGUAACGUCUGUUGGAUCUGGAUCAGUAGGUGAGCUACGCUUAGAUGAGAAACGCUUAUCAGAUGCGUACAGUCUUACUGAAUCAAGAGAUUAUACAUUUGAGGAAUCUGAAGACGACAUUGGAACGCAUGGCACUCAUGUAGAUAUAAUAAAAGAAAAGUUUGAGAGCAAAGAAGAUAUUGAAGAAAAACUCAAAUCUCCUAGCAAGGUAACUGAACCGGGUAAAAUAGCCAAGUUAACUCAUGGAGACUCAUUAGAUGAUGUAGAAGGUUUCCCAGAAGAUCAUGUUACUGAUUAUGUACACAAAUUGCCACAUAUAGCAGAAGUCAGCUUUAUGCCAGAUAAACAAAUUACUGGACAAUUUCUACUUAGGGAACGUGAGGAACAGCUGAAACGUGAACUUGCGUCUGAAACUGUUUUAAGUAAAUAUGCAAAGGAACUCAAAGAAGAUGAUAUUAUUUUUAGUCAACCGGAAAAAGCUAUUACAGCUGAAAUUACGCAAAAAGAAGAUGUGCAAAUAUCAAUACAACCUAAGGAGGUUGUUGAUGUUAAACCUGAACAUGAUACAAAAGAGACGCAUGAAAAAAAAACUACAACGAGUACAGAAUAUAAAUCUGGCGAAUCAGGAGAAAAAAUAAGCAUCACAACAGUUUCUGAUCUUCGUGAAGGCCCAUCGGGAGAAGAAAUUGUACGAACAACUGUAACUGAAACUGCAAAAUUUCCGUCUGGCAGAGAAAAAGUCUCUACUAAAGUAUCUGAAAGUACAAGAAUACACAAAACAGAAUCCAUUGAUAAAUCCAUAAAAGAAACCACUGAGCCUUUAAAAGGAGAAAUUAAAAUUCAUGGUGAAGAGAAAAUUAGAGAAAAAAUCAAAAAAGAUAUUAUUGCACUAGAAACUGAUGAAAAACCAAUGGAUGAAAAGAAAUCUACUACAAGCACAGAAUAUAAAACUGGUGACUCUGGAGAAAAAAUAACCAUCACUACAGUUACAGAUAUAAGUGAUGGGCCAUCUGGAGAAGAAAUUUUACGAACAACUAUAACUGAAACUGUUAAGUAUCCUUCUGGCAGAGAAACUGUAUCUACUAAAGUGUCAGAAAAUAUAAGAUCACACAAAAAAGAAGCUAUCGUAACCCAUUCAAUGGAAUUCUCUGAACCUUUAAAAGGUGAAAUAAAAUCUGAAAGUGAAGACAAAAUGGAAGAAAAGGUUGAAAAAGACGAUGCUAUAACUUGUGAAACAGAGACAAUUGAUGGGAAAAUGGGCGAAAAAAUUUCAAUAAGUACUCGUACAGAAGUUAUAAAUAUUCCAUCAGGUGAUGAAAUUACUAAAACGACUGUUACUAAAACGACAACGUUUCCAACGGGAGAAGUGAAAACCUCUACAAGAGUAUCAGAAUGUGUAAAAACAGUGGAAAAGAGUGAAGUUUUGGAAGAUAUUAAAUUGUCAAAAGACACUAAAGAUGAAAUUUCUUCCGUAGAUUCUACUAGUAAAACGAGGACAAAAAUAGACACUGUGUCAGGGCCUACAGGAGAAGAAAUUACUACAGAAACUGUAACUGAGACAUCUGUAAUGCCAACAGGAGAAAAGAUAAUUAAAACCACUGUAACUGAAACUACGAAAUAUCCAUCUGGAAAAAUUACUAUAUCAAAAAGAGUAUCAGAAGAAAUCGAAUUAAUAGAAGAAGAGGAGGAAAUUGUUACAACAAGCACAUCUGAAGUUGCUGGCCCUGGCUUAGAGGAUAGACUUCAAAAUAUGCUAAUGAAAUCAGAUGAUUUAGCAGACGAGACGCACAUGAAGACUUCAACUAAAACUAAAACCAGAACUGGACCUGGAGGAGAAGAAAUAACGUCAACAACUGUAACGGAAGAGAGUAAAGCUCCUACUGGAGAAGUAAAAAUAAAAACAACCGUGACUGAAGUAACUAAAUAUCCUUCUGGUGAAGAAAGUAUAUCUACCAAAGUAUCAGAAACAAUAAAAUCUUUUGAAAGUCACAUAAGUACAAUUAAAGAAUCAACAUCAGUUAAAGAUGACGUGAUACUUUCAAGUAAAACAUCUGAACCAGUCAUAAUAAAAGAAAAACUUUCCACAAUAAUAGAUCCAUCUCAAGUAUGCGAAACAGAGGAGAGUAAAUUCAUUCCUGACUCAAAAAAAGAUUUUUCAAUUGAUAAACAAGUAACUAAAACUCAAACAUCCAAAGCCGAGCUUGGUGCUGCUAUAGUAAAAAUCCACGACAUAGUUCAAACUAUUGAUAACACUACAGAUGUAGAGGAAUAUCUUUCAAAAGAUGAAUUGAAAGAUGCGCAAGAAAUAACAAAAGAACAGGUUAAACCUGUUAUUGAAGAUAUCCUUCAAAAAGGAACUAUCGUAGCUGCUGCUCGAAGUCCAGUUAUAGAUAAAGACCUUAAAACAAUAAACAAAGAAAUAGUUGAAACAGAAAUGAGAUUCUAUGAUACUAAAGUCCCUCAAAAAGAAGAGAGAAGACAUUCUUGUAUCAGUCCAGCGGUUUCAUUAGAAAGGAUUGCAGAGUCAGAAAGAGAAAUGGAAGAAGAUGUAGUUAAAAAAGAAACAGCACAUUCUUCUAAAGAAGACGAAAUGAAACAGGAAUUGAAAAAGUCUGAUUCAGCUAUGAAACAAAUGGCUGAUAAUAUAGAAAUAAUCAUAAAACAAGCGUCGGAAGACUUAGAUAUAUCAGAAGAAUGCGUUUUAGAAAAAGAAACAUCUAAAGAAUUAGACGGUGAAGUUUCGGUAGACUCCAUUAUAGAGGAAGCAGUUCAUACUGUAGAAAGUUAUCUAGAAAAAUCAGCUGAUGUGAAAACCGAGGAUGUCGAAAUUACAAAAGAAACUGCUACAUUUGAAGAUACGAAAGCAUCAAUGGAAAGGCCUGCCUUAAUAAAGUCCCUUUCAAGAGAUAGUGGAGAAAUAGUAAUUAUGCCUAAAAAGAAACAAGUUAGAACAUUCUCUGUGCAGAGUUCGCCGGAUGAAGUUGAAGAGCAAAUUUACACAGACUCUGAAUCAGAUAUGGAUAAAGCGAAAGUGUUAGAAAUUAUUGAACCUUCCUCUGACGUGGACGGAAAAUUACCUACUUCUAGUUUUGAUAUAAAGAAAAUUCGAACCGAUUCUCUUGAUGAUGCUGAUGAUUUCCCAGAAAAAGAAGCUGAAUAUUUUGAAGAUGAUGGAAAAUAUGCCGAAGGAUCGGAGUCAUUUGUAUCAGACUUUAGACAUGAAGCAGUUCAAGAUUCGGCACCGAGUUCAAGCGCACCACUGGAAUUUGAUGAAAAUAAAGUGGGAGAUAAAUUUACAAAGAAAACUCAUUUUGUUGAUAGCAUUUUACGCAUGGACUUAGUAUCCAAAUCAACAACUGAAUCUUCAGUAACUACUGUGAUAUCGACUUUAACUAAAUCUUCUGAUGAUGACCAAAAGUCAGUUGUGGAAGAUGGCACUUCAGCUGAUUUAUCUAAAAUAAGUGGAGCCGACCUUGUUAAAGAUCCAUCUAAAACAUCAAUGGAUACAAAGGAAGAUUACAGGACGGAUGAUCAAAUUGAAGAUCGAGGCACUCCAGAUUUAUCAAAAAAAUCUAUUGAUCUAACCAAAGAUUAUUCAAAAUCUUCAAUAGAUAGUAAAGAUACUUCUCGAGAUUUUGCAACAAAUGAACUUUCUAAAGAUUCAACAGUUGAUUUAACGAAAGAUUUCUCAAAGGCUUCAAUCGAUAGUGUUAAAGAAAUCUCAAGAUCAAUCGAUGAAAAAACAUUUUCUGAAGAACAUUCGUCAUUUGAUGUCUCGAAAACUUUGGCAUCUGACGUAUCAGAAGACAUUACUAGAAGUAAAGAUAUUGUAGAAGAAGAAAGAUCCACCACUUCCAAGAUAAUUCAUAUUUCAACAAGCUCUUCUCAAGAAACUUCAAUUAUGACAGAAAGUAAAUUAUUCAGUGAACACGAUGAAAAAUCUUUUGAGAAAGUUAAAAUAUCAGAAAUAGAUAUUGUUGGAAUAAAAGAUCAGCUUCUUAAAGAAAUUAGAGAUAAAGGUGAAAGUUUAAAAGAUGAUUUACUUGCAACAGAAACCAAAAAAAUCAUGUUUGAAGAUAAAAAAGAAGAUUCAGAAAUAAAUGAUGAGGUGGAAAAAAGCGAAAAGGAAGACGAAGUACCAGAUAUGAAAGAAUUGAAUAGGAGGUGUUCCAAUUUAUUAGAAGAUAUCUCUUCCCAAGGUGCUCUCAUUAGGAUUGAUUCCAGUCAUGUAACACAUGAUUUAUCAUCAAAAUUUUCAAAAACUCCACCACCUUCACCUGUGGACUUAAUUAUGAAAGAAAGAGCUAAGUCAGACGAUAGUGCAACUGAUAAACAAAGUGGACUACAACCUAAAGGUUCCGAUUCAUCUUUCCUCGAUGCAAGUCGAACUUCUCCUAGAGCAUCGUCGGCUGGAGACAGUAUGUUAAGUGAAACUGAGGCUCACCAAAGCGAACUACUAACAGAAGCCUCUAAAGCUUUAAGUGAAGCCGCUAGGCCGAAGUCGCCAACAAAACAUGUGGCUGAUAAUUUAUCAUUUGUCAAUGUUGAUAAGCCUACUAUAACUAGCGGUGCUAUUGAGCUAGUAGAUCGAACAAUUGAAAAAAGUAUUGACGUAAUUGAUCAAAUUAAGAAGGAGAUGGAGGAAGAAAUACAUAAAUCUACUUCAACAGAUACUUUUUAUUCAGAAUCCAGAAUUGAAACUUCUACCUCUUCUUCAUCAGUUCAUAAAACUAUAGAAGGUUCUCAAUUAAAGUUUCAAAAUAUAGAUCCAGAAGCUGUUAUGUCAGACAUGAUUGCUAAAUUUGGUACUACGAGCGAAUAUAGCACGGUACUUUCUCACAAAGAGACAGAAACAAGAAAAAUAUCAGGACAAGAAUUUUUCACUGAAACGAAACAAGUAUCAUCUUCAGAUGAUGAUUCUUUAAUAAUCAAAACCGAAACGAGCCAUGAAUUACGAGGACAAGAACACGAACUUAAAGAAAAGAUGGUUGUCAAGAGAGAUGGAGAUCAAACAGAAACAUCUGAAAAGAAAAUGGAAAAAGCUCAUGAAGCGACUGCGAAGCGAUCUGAUGUAGAAACCAAAACUUUAUUUAAGAGCACUGAUGAUACGGAUAUAGUCAAAGUAGAAAGAGAAUUUUCUGAACAAGGACUUUAUAGUGGAAGACAAACCAAGUCAGAAGAGAGAAUGACCGCUUUAAAAGACGAAACAGUUAAGAAAAAACAUGAAGUUAAAAUAUCGGAAAGAGAUUUAUCUCACGAACAAUGGGGUAAAGAGUACUUUACGGAACCAGGCGAGUUAGAAGAUAUCAAAGAAGAUGACGAUAUUAAGUCAAGAAUAGCAUUUAUUGAGUCAAGCUUAAAAAUAGUUGAAAAAGAUGAAACCGUUUCUAGCGUUGAAGUAUCUGAGAAAGGCCAAGUAGUAAGCUCAAAGAUAGAGCACUUUAAGGAAGAAUCUGUUAUAGAAAGUAAAGAGCACGAUGAUCUCAGCUCAGAUGCUUCACAUGUUCCUAGUUUUAAAAGUGAAACAGCAGAAAGGCGAGGUUCAUCAGAAGCAAGUCCAAAAAGUAAAUCAAAAUCGUUUAAAAAAGAUGAUGAAGUAUAUGAAGUUGAUUUUAUAAAAGAAAUAAAGAUAUCAACUUCUCCAGUUAAAAGUACAUUCAGUCGUACAGGAAGUCAAGACACUCAUUCUGAGUCUGAAGUAGUACCAGAAUUACCUCAUGAUGAUAAGCUAAGUGAUACACCAAAAAAAGAAAAAAUCAGUAAGUCUCCGAUUAAAUUACCACUUAAUCAAUCAGAAGACUUAAUAUUAGAAGUAUCUAUUUGUAAAGAAGGUUCAAGUGUAAUUGAAGAUUUAACACAGACUACAAUGCCCGAGUCAGAAUCGCUAAUUAAAUCAACUACGGUGACUGACACUACUGAUGAACCGUUGCAAUUAAAAGAAGCUGCUGAAGCUAAAGUUGAUGACAUUAGCUCAAAAACUCUUAAAUUUGGAGACGCAUCCCCUAGUACAGUAGAAAUUUCUGAUGACAUUAGCACAACAUCCAAAGACGUUAUGAUAAAAUCUGGCGAAAGCGUCGAUACUGAAUACAUGGUAAAAUCUUUAGAAUCUCAUGAAGGUGAAGUUUUACAAAAAUCAAUAGAUUCAACAGUUAGUGCUGAAACAUUACAGGCAUCAGAGUUUUCAACAGAGGCUGAUUCAGUUUUUCAUACUGGAACAGAUCAGAAAAAAGAAGAAAUUAAAUUAGUAAAAGAAAAAAGCACUGAAGAUGUAUGUAGUAGUGGCUAUGAUACAGAUUUUUCCUCUGCCGAGUUUCACGGGAUGAAACUUGAGUCUGAAAGGGUAACUUUAGAUUCAUUAAUAUCUACUCAGCCUCUUGCUGACUUAUCAGUUUUAGAAAAAACUAUAGAUGAAGUUAAGCAGUCUUUAGAAGCAGCGCAAGUUGAAAUCAUUAGCGAAAAAAGUGAUGGCAGUAUUAAAUAUAAACAAUCUCCGUCAGAGUUUCAGUUCAAACUUCUAAUUAGUCCAGAUAGACCAGAAGUAAUUAAGGAGGAACCCCAUCAUAUAGAUGAUCAUAGUGAGAAAAUAAUUGCAAUGCCAGAUAAAGAAGAAAAGACAAUGGACAGUCAAAAGUCAGAUAUCGUAUCUCAAAUAGCAAGUUCACAUGAAGAAACUACAUUUUCUGACGAGGAUAAAGAUACAGUUCACCAAAAAGAAUCUAGUCCACCUCUAGAAGCAGAUAUUUCUAUCAGAUCUGAUAGUGGCCCUCAUUCUAUAUUAGAGACAGAGAGUGAUAUUAUUUCCUCUGACAAAAAUGGAUCUUCCAAAGGUAGCCCUGAAGUAAAACUACGAGCUCAUAAACAUAUUAAGUCACAAUUAGGUGUUAUAGAAAGACGAUCAGCAUCAGAUAUCGAAGGCUGGUCAAGCUCUGGAGAGAGUCACUAUCACAGUUUUGAACACUCUGAAAGUAGACCCCUAUCUUCGGAUGUGGAUGUAAUGAUAACUGCUCAAAGUGGUACUGAAUAUGAAACAGCACUUACGAGCCACGAUGUUUCAUCUCAAUCAUUGAGGACAUCAAAAGAUUAUUACACAGCGGGAAGUUCCCUUGCAUCACGAGAUAGCAUGAGAAGUCUGGAUUCAGACGGAUCAAGCCAUGUAGCUAGCAUAGACAUAUCAGAUGCUUCUGAAACUCUGGUACCUUCAGCGAAUGAAUUAAAGGAAGAGUUAAUGGAAAGUAGUACAUAUGUUGAACAAUUUCUUCAUGAGUCCGAAAAAGUGCAAGUUUUGAAAGUAAAAGAAGUAAGUGAUGAGGAUAUAUCUGGAGAAGAUGAUGAGUAUAAGGGUGAUAAUAAUGUUGAACCCGUUGGAAAAAUGAAAAGAUCUCAUGAAAUGCGAUUCCAACCUAAAGAAAUGAUACCUGAACAUUUUCCUUUAGAAGGAACUUCAGAAAGUAUUGAAUUAGAUGAUGACUCUCUAAAAGAUAAAGAAGUAUCAGAUACGACAAUAUCCAGUCAGUUCAAAACCGAUGAAAUUUUAUCAUCUUCAAUAUCCAAAAUUGACGUAUCUUCAUCUCAAUCCCAAUUUGACUUAGAUAAGGAAGAAAUUCAAGAAACAAUUUCAAAAGCUUCCAUACGUACUGAGCAUGCUGUACCAUUUUCUGUUACAAAAAUUGAUAAACCACAAAGAGAGUUUGUUGAUGUAGAAUCUGAAAUUAUACCCGUGGGCUCGGCAGAGUACGAAGAAAUACAGAAGUUUGGCAGUAUAACUACUAAAACUUCAAAAAUAGCUCAUGAUGAUUCAACUAUAGUAAAAACUGUUAUAAAAGAGGAAGAAAGUGUGCCUAAAAGUAAAGCUAGUGAACCAUUGCAAGAAGUCAAAGAAGAAUGUGUAAAGAAAACGAUUGAAGAAAUAAGUACUAUUCCCUUUCCUAUCACAGAAAGACCGCCUAGUCAAAGAGAAUUCGUCGACGUUGAGGACGAUAUUAUUCCAAUGGGUACAAAACAAUAUGAAGAAAUAUUAAAAUCGAAGAGUGAUUCAUCAGUACCUAAGACUAAAGCUGAAAAAUCUGGUUUAAAAAAUUUAGAAGAUCAUUUGGAAAGUAAACAAAGCUCUACAUCAAGUUUAAAAACUAAUGAACAUCUUUCAACCCCACAUACACCUCUAUCAGCACCAAGUCAAAGUUCGUUAUCUACCGAUAAUGGACGAGAAUACGUUCUGGAUGACAUGUACGAUAUCUCAGAAACACCUGAAUUAAAAUCUGAAUUGAUGACGGAAACCAGCAAAUCGGAACUUGUUAUCACAACUGAAGAAAAAACUUUAUAUACUUAUGAAAAAGAACAGGAAUCACCAACUAGCGACGAAUUCGAAAUGGUUGAUAAGCCUAGUGAAAUGGAUGAUUUUGUUGUAAUUGAAGAAGUUGCUAAAGAAGCCGAAGAAACUGAUCCUGAGGGAAAAAGUUUAAAAAUAAAAGCACAAAAAUACGUAAAACGUCAUGACAUUGAAGUAGAGGAAUAUUUAUCAAAGACAUCUAAAAAGCAAGAAAGUAUAAGCAGUGCGUCUGGGUCUCUAUCUGAUGAAGAGCAAUGUGAACUGGAACAAAAACGUCUACAAGCUCAAGAAUUAGCUGAAAUUGAAGCCGGUAAGCGUUGGAUACAAAUGCAGUUUGAAGGUGAUCCUAGGUAUGACUAUGAAAGGAUUCCUUUAGAAGAUAUUAAAGAAGAAGAAAUGACUGAUUUUGAUGCCAGUAGAAUAGGAAGCCUGAGUUCUCAAAAAGAAUCUAUUGGUAGUUAUGGCAGUUUUAGAAAUUCUUAUGGAAGUCUCUCGGAGUCUGAAAUGGCUUCUCGUAUGAGAUUUAGGAUAAAAGGCGAAAACGAUGAUAUUUCUAUUAGUUCGUUACAAGAAUUUGAGAAUCUUGAAAGAGCUCUAAUGGAGCAAUAUCAACAACAUUCUUCAUCAUCUCAAGAUUCUUUAAAUGGAUCUUUGCCUCGUCGAUAUAUCUUAAGUAAAAGCCAGGGAGAUGAUAUAUCAAUAUCAAGUUUAAAAGAGUUUGAAGGGCUUGAAACUGCGUGCCUUGAAGCGUUAAAGGCUGAAUUACUCGCAAAACAAAAGGAAGCUUUAUUACUUGCCGAUCCUAAAGUAGUAAGUGGUAGUUUUCUAGAACAAGAAAAACGUUCCUAUGAUAGCAGUAGUGAAAGUAGUCCACCAUUUAAAAGUGGUAGUCCCGGACAAAAAAGUGGCAGUCCAUCUCAAAAAGGUGGAAGCCCGUCCCAGAAGAUUGGAAGUUAUGGUAGCCCAUCACAAAAAUUUUUAGCUGAUUCGGUAGCUAUUAGAAAAAUUAUUGAUCAACAAUUGGCUUUAGAACAAAGGAUUCAAGAAUACCGACCUAAAAUCAUAACUGUAAAAAAAUUUGAUGACAAAGGUGCCUUUUUUGUGCCAGAACCAGAACCAGGAACAUCAGAACCAAAAACAUGUGAAGUUGUUGAAGAAUGUCAAAAAGCUUCAUCAUUUGUUUGCGCUGCAGCACCUAGUGAUGGUUCAGCUGAAUCUAUUCCAGGAGACUGUGAAGAAAUGAUGAAAAUUUUAGAUCAAGAAGAAAAAUCUAAAAAACAUGAAGACCAAGAAAUACAAACUGAAAGUGAUACAGUAAAAAUAGUGCAAACAACGACUGUAAUACGAGAAAAGUUUACCGAUGACAAACACGUUUUAGAAACCUUUUCAACAAGUGUAGAUGAUGUGCAAGGUAUAGAAAUCCCAGCUAGAUCUCAUUUAUAUGAAGAAAGUACAAUGUCUUUAGGAUCCGAAAUGUCUUCAUCUUUAGCAUCACAGCCCUCAGAAAUGGACAGCUUAAUGACAAUUAUUGAAAGACAUCCAUCUGACAGUGAAGUAGUAUCAUUUUCAAAGCACACAAUAAUAACAUCUUCCGAACGUUACGAAGAUAAACCUGAAGAUUUGGAAUUCUCAAGAGAGGGAAGUGCAAUACGUGAGCUGUCGCCCUCCUCUGGGAGGUCGGUGGCUCACAGUAUUAUCUCCGGCAAACAUUUCACAGAUCCAGCUAGCGGUUCCUGGAGUGGUCAAGAUGAGGAAUUGAGUUCGUCGGGAAGUUUUAGUCGCGCUCGUGCGGAUAUGAUGUUAGGGAGUACAGAUAGUUUAGAAGCAACAAGCUCGAACGCGACCCGAGCAACAUACAAUUAUGAAGUCGAUACUCCUAUGACGGGUAGUCUUACUUCAGGAGCGCGCCCUCCAGGGUCGAACACCAUGGUGUCCUCACUUGACACCUUGGACGCCGUGACGGCAGUUCAGAUGGAAAGUCUAGAACACCAGUCUACAAGUGAACAUUGUUCCCAAGAUCAUGGGGUCCAGGAACCCGAUUCUGAUACUGAAAGAUUGGAGCUCGACAGCCGCAUUCCACGAGCUAAGGAACGUACCAUAAUGUUCGACAGUACGGACACGCUUAGCGCCGUCAGCGGAGAUGGCUCCGUGCGAGAGGCGACGGUGGAAGCUCCCGCUCCCACCUUUUACAUCGGCGAUACGCCUAUUCUUAAAGGAGAAAAACAAGAAGACGAAGAAAAAGAACCUCCAACAUUAUCUGGAAGCUGUCCCGCAUCACUCCCGCCCACGACUCAACCCUCACAACCGAUUCCUGCACAGAGAAGAUCCCUUUCAAUGAUUCCAAAACCGACACGAUCAAGUUUAGAUGAAUCUAAGAAG